CAACCACAAUUUUAUAAAAAUGAGACGUUAAAUAUUCAAAUAAUAAUCUUGCUUUCAAUAAACUUUACAUUCCACAUUUCAAAUUAUCCAUAAAAAUGCAGUUUUCUAACGAUAAAGACGUGUGCCUCUGUCCCUCAAUAACCCAAUCUUCUAGUCCAUUAUCAUCUUCAUCACAUUCAUUCGUCAAGGAUGCUUGUUCAAAAUAUUAUCAAGAAAUAGGAGCUGAGAUGAUUAGCAAUCAGCUGAUUAUUAGAUUGGAGAAAGAUAAAAAUAAAUCAAAAAAGAAACGGGAAGAAUGGGAACCACCUUGUGACUGCGUCGAAAUUCAAAGACCGACGAGCAAAACAGGCCCCAAAAUAAUCAAUGCUGAUUAUGACGAUCGGAUUAUAUUUCGAGUCCACUCGGCAUAUCGUUUACACGAAAAGGACGAUCCUUAUAAAUCGCAGACUGUUGCCUACAAAAUCGGAUCAUGUAAAAAUGGACAACAAGACGACCAUCAAUGCAAGACCAUCACUGUAUAUCCUCAAUUUAUUUCAGGAACACAAGAAGUGUACAGCGAUCAUAUAAGAGAGGGCGAUCAGGAUAUUUUUUUAUUAAGAAUUAAAAAGAAAGCAGAAUACUCUGAACAGAAAAACAGAAACGUCGAACUUGAACUCAGAACACCUAAACCGCCGCCAAUACCGGCACCGUCAUCUGUACCUGCAGUUGCACCAUCGCAAAUUAAUGACGAUGUACAUGUAGAAGAUGAAAAGGAAUCUGACGUGGUAGAGGAAAAUGCACUGCCAACAAGCAUAAAAGAAAAAAAACACAAACGAAAGAAAAGAGGAAAAUAA